AUGGCGAAAUUCCUGCAAGACACCAUCGAGGAAAUUGCGCUUGAGCGAAGGUCGAAAGCGACUGAAGCAAAAGGCUCCAAAGCUUUAGAGUUUGCUCAGUUUAUAAAAAAGAUUCGUUCUGAGGGUGGAUACGUGUCAAAUGAAGAACUCUUCAAAUUUUCAAAACUUUUCGAGGAUGAGCUGACCUUAGACAAUCUUAGCAUGAGCCAAUUA